AGCUACGUGAUUGGGAUAAGCUAAAUAACAAAAUAAAAUACUAACAAUUACAAACAUGGAAUAUCAAAAAAAAGAGAAAAGGAUAUAUUAAAGAGCUCUGAGAAGAAAAGGCCCUCAGGAGCUUACGCCCUAUUCAGAGUGUGGAGAAAGAGGAGAAAGAAGAAAAGGGGAAAAUGGACUAUAUGAAUGGACCAGGUAGACACCAUCUGUUUGUACCAGGACCAGUGAACAUACCGGAACAGGUAAUCCGUGCGAUGAACCGAAACAACGAGGAUUACCGGUCACCGGCCAUCCCGGCACUUACGAAAACGUUGUUGGAGGACGUGAAGAAGAUAUUCAAGACAACAUCUGGGACACCAUUUAUGUUUCCCACGACCGGAACUGGUGCUUGGGAGAGUGCCUUGACCAACACGCUAUCUCCUGGAGACAGGAUCGUCUCGUUUCUGAUCGGACAGUUUAGCUUGCUGUGGAUUGACCAGCAGAAGAGGCUAAAUUUCAAUGUUGACGUGGUUGAGAGUGAAUGGGGGCAAGGUGCUAAUCUCCAAGUCUUGGCCUCAAAGCUCUCACAAGACCAGAAUCAUUCCAUCAAAGCCAUUUGCAUUGUCCACAAUGAGACCGCGACUGGUGUCACCAAUGACAUCUCUGCUGUCCGAACCCUCCUCGAUCACUACAAGCACCCGGCUUUGCUGCUAGUGGACGGCGUCUCGUCCAUAUGUGCGCUUGAUUUCCGAAUGGAUGAGUGGGGAGUGGACGUGGCCUUGACUGGCUCUCAGAAAGCGUUAUCUCUUCCAACAGGGCUUGGCAUUGUGUGCGCAAGCCCAAAAGCUUUGGAAGCUACCAAAACUUCAAAAUCCCUCAAAGUUUUCUUUGAUUGGAAUGACUACCUCAAGUUUUACAAGCUUGGGACAUAUUGGCCAUACACACCUUCCAUCCAACUCCUAUACGGUCUUAGAGCUGCUCUUGAUCUGAUAUUUGAGGAAGGACUUGAUAAUGUCAUUGCUCGUCAUGCUCGUUUGGGAAAGGCCACCAGGCUGGCGGUGGAAGCGUGGGGGCUUAAAAACUGCACACAGAAGGAGGAGUGGAUAAGUAACACAGUGACAGCAGUCGUGGUGCCUCCGAAUAUAGACAGUACGGAGAUUGUGAAAAGGGCAUGGAAGAGAUACAACCUAAGUCUUGGUCUUGGUCUCAACAAAGUGGCUGGAAAGGUUUUCAGAAUUGGUCACCUUGGAAACCUUAAUGAGUUGCAACUUCUUGGGUGUUUGGCUGGAGUGGAGAUGAUACUAAAGGAUGUUGGGUACCCAGUUGUUUUGGGAAGUGGAGUUGCAGCUGCUUCUACUUAUCUUCAGCACCACAUUCCUCUCAUUCCCUCUAGGAUCUAAAUCACAUCCCCAUUUCUCUGUUCUCUCUCUCUCUCUCUCUUUCUCUCUCAAUGUAAAAUCACUCUACUAUUUUCUCUUUUCUCCAAUUAUAUUUUACUACAUUAUCUAUGUUUUUAUGUGCUAUUCUCAACAAACUCAUUAAACAAAAGGUCAAAAUUAUUUAUUUCUCUCA